AUGAGCGCCAAGGGCGGCGGCAGGUGCGAGGCCAAGAAGAGGAAGUCCAUCACCCUGGAGCAGAAGUUCGAGGUGAUCCAGCGCUACGAGAGGAACGAGCGCACCUGCGACAUCAUCAGGGCCACGGGCUUCCCCGGCUCGACGCUGCGCACCAUCCGCGCCAACGCGGAGAAGAUCAAGGAGAGCUGCGCCGCCGCCACCCAGCUGAGCGCCCGCAGGAGCGCCCGGGCCCGGCCCCAGAUCAUCGAGCGGAUGGAGAAGCUCCUCAGCGUGUGGAUCGAGGCCCAGACCAAGAGGCGGGCGGGGAUGGUGUUCCUCACCAUCAAGGAGAAGGCCCUCGCCAUCUACGAGGACCUCCGGGCCGGCCGCCCCGGCGAGGACGUGCAGUCCUUCAGCGCCAGCAGCGGCUGGUUCGCCGGCUUCAAGAACCGCUACGGCCUGCGGGACGUCAAGCUGACGGGCGAGGCCGCCAGCGCCGACGAGGCCGCCGCCGCCGCCUUCCCCGGCCUGCUGCGGGAGCUGGUGGAGCGGGGCGGCUACUCGCCCAAGCAGAUCUUCAACAUCGACGAGACCGGCCUGUUCUGGAAGAGGCUGCCCGCCUGCACGGCGCCGUCCCGGGAGGAGGCCCGCAGCCCGGGCUUUAAGGCGGCCCGGGACCCGGUGACCGUCAUGCUGGGGGCCAACGCGAACGGCGACUGCAAGCUGAAGCCCGUCCUGGUCUACCACGCCGCCCGGCCCCAGGCCCUGCGGGGCCUGGUCAAGCAUUACUUCCCCGUCCAUUUCCGUUCCAGCCGGAGGGGCCGGAUCACCGGCGGCAUUUUUUCCGAGUACUUCUGCGGGCCCCUCCACGAGGAGCUGAGGGGCUACUGCAAGAGGGAGAACAUCGCCUUCAAGAUCCUGCUGGUCGUCGACCACGCGCCCGGCCACCCGGCCCGCCUGGCGGAGCUGUCGGAGAACAUCAGGGUGGUGUUCCUGCCGCCCAACACGGCGGCGCUGCUCCAGCCCAUGGACCAGGGCGCCAUCGCCGCCUUCAAGGCCUACUACCUGCUCAGGACGUUCGCCAAGCUGACGGAGGCCACGGGCGGCGAGGGCCAGCCCAGCGUCGGGGAGUUCUGGAGGAGCUUCAACAUCCGCAACGCCAUCAACAUCAUCGUGCUGGCGUGGGCGGACGUCUCGCCCUCGUGCCUGAACGGCGUGUGGCGCAGGCUGCUGCCCGGCACCGUCCCCGACCCCAAAGGCUUCGACGAGCCGGCCACCCUGCUGAAGAACAUCCGCUCGCAGUGCGUCGUCCUCGCCAAGAAGGUGGGCUUCGAGGAGGUGGAGGAGGCCGACGUCGAGGAGCUGCUGGAGGCCCACCGGGACGAGCUGUCGACGGAGGAGCUGCUUCAGCUGGUGGAGGAGGCGGAGGCGGAGCGCGCCGAAGAGGAGGACGCCGACGAGGCGCCCCACCACGAGCUGACGAAGGCCGUCCUCUCGGCCUCCUUGCAGCAGAUCGAGAAGGCGCUGUGUCGGCUGGAGGAGCACGACUGCAACGCCGAGCGCAGCGGCAGGAUAAUCCGGGGGGUGAAGAGCGUCUUGACCCCUUACACGAAACUCCUGCAGGAGAAGAGCUGGCAGGUGGAAGACUGGCCGCUCUUGGCGGAGUCCCUCAAGGUUGAGGAAAAUGUCGCUCCGCCGUCAAGCGGUAAAGUGUAA